GUCGCGCUCGUCUCGCGGCCGCGGCCCCGGCCCCGGCAUGGGCAACAGCCUGCGAGCCCUGGCGGCGCUGCUGCCGUGCGAGCCGUGCCAGCGCUGCGUGCUGCCGGCGCUGGACGAGAUGCCGGCGGACAAGGUGGUGGAGCUGAGCGGGCGGCAGCUGCGGCGCCUGCCCCUGCGCGUCUGCGCCUUCGGGGCGCUGGUGAAGCUGUACCUGAGCGACAACCGCCUGAGCCAGCUGCCGCCCGAGCUGGAGCGGCUGCAGCACCUGCAGCUGCUGGCGCUGGACUUCAACGAGUUCCGCGCGCUGCCGGGCGCCGUGUGCGCGCUGCGCCGCCUCUGCACGCUCUACCUGGGCAACAACCGGCUCCGCGACCUGCCGCGCGACCUCUGCCGCCUGCAAAACCUGCGCACGCUGUGGCUCGACGCCAACCGGCUGAGCCGCCUGCCCGCCGCCGUCUGCGACCUGCGCCUGCUGCGCGCCCUGCACGCCGGCUCCAACGCGCUGCGCGCCCUGCCCGCCCGCCUGCGCACGCUGCGCCGCCUGCGCUCCAUCUGGCUCUCGGACAACCAGCUGCCCGCCUUCCCGCCCGUGCUGCUGCGCAUGCCGCUGCUCGAGGUCAUCGACGUGGACCGCAACGCCAUCCGUGCUUUCCCCAGCCUGGCGCACCUGCCCGCGCUCAAGCUCGUCAUCUACGACCACAACCCCUGCCGCAACGCGCCCCGUGUGCGGCCCGGCGUGCGCCGCGUCGGCCGCUGGGCGGACGACAGCCCCGAGCCCGCGCGCCACGUCCUGCCGAGCCCCGAGCCCGCCGCCCCGCAGCCGAGGCCAUGCGCGGGGGGAGGGGGAGGCGUAGCCGUAGCCACCACCGCCGCUGAGGCGGCUGCUUGAGGCGGGCGCUAGCAGCCCCUUCUGCGGGUUCCGUGCGCCCGACCUCGUGGGAUUGGCUAAGUGCCUUCUGCCCAAUGGGCGCGGAGCCCGCCCCAGGCACCAAGGGAACUCGACGCACCAUUGGUUGGCCGGCUUCCAGGGGCUCUGCCCAAUGGGCACGGAGCCCGCCUGAAGCACCACAGGAACUUGAGGCGCCAUUGAUAAAUCACCUUCUGCAGGCUUCUGGCCAAUGGGUGUGGAGCCCACUUGAGGCACCAAAGCAACUUGAGGCAUCAUUGGUUAACUGCCUUUCGGGGGCUCUGCCCAGUGAGCACCCAAGCCCAUAGGAGCUCCAUACACUAUUGACUAGCCACCUUCCACUGGGCCCCCAGCCUACCUGAGGCAUGUGGGCUGCACCCUGAGCCACUGGGGACCCAACCCUUGCUUUCCGUGCAGCACAGAGCAGUGAUCCACAGCCCGGUGCCAGAAGGGUCUAGGAAGGGCACCGCAGGAGGGCGAGGACAGGGGUAGGUGUAGUAAUAACAGUCCCAGACAGUGCUACAGGCAGAGGAAAUGCUACACAGGCAUGUUGGAGGCAGACCUCAAGAAAACAGGUCCUGGCAUCCAGCGCAGGAAGGAGCUGGCUGCUGGCUGCUGCCUGCCUCCAGUGGUGCUGCAACUUCAACCAAGUGGCAAAGCCUUUUGCCCUCGAAGCCAGGAGGAGGGAAAAGGAGAGGAAUCCCAGCCUGCAGCCUACUUGCCCCUGAGGAAAGACCUGCAACUUCUGCCGCAGGGUCUGUGGCUCAAUAGACUGGUCAGUCACCUCAAGACCCACCCAGUGAGCAGUGUAGAGAUUGUCCUCAAAUAGAUAGAAGGCACUGUUGGCAAUCCCUCUGUUACAUAGGGUGCAGCAACAUGCCCCCAGGUAUUUGGGGGGGGGGGAGGAAGAGACUGACCAGGGGACCUUGAGCCACCUGUGUCACAGGUAAUGUCCUCCUGACUGGGAAUAGGAGGCAGCACCAUCCUCAGAUGCUGAUAGAGGCAGCUUUUGUGAUGAGGUGUUGACUUUUUAAGGGGGUUUCACUAGGCUGGAAGAGCUGCACUGGACAUAACACGUGACGCGCAAGCAGUCUGAACAGCACAGUAUGUAAAGCCCACCAGGGACUUUCCAUAAAAGGCUGGAUUCAGUGCCUGGCAGUGACUGUUCAAUGUCACUUACAUUCUUAAGGGAAUUAUCUGGGAAAUAUAGACUGUUAGUACUUGCUGUCUCAUUAAAGUAAAGUCUGGAUUGGGAGCUGGCUAGUACUCAUGUAAUGGGGCCACUAUUUAUUCAAUGAGGGGGAGCAGGGCUAGUCCUUAAGUGCUUUCAGCAGAGAUUGCAUCUAUCUGUGACACAAACUUGGUUUUUUUACUCUCCCCUUCCUCCCCCCAAAAUUUCUUUAGCAAACCUGUGAACUGGCCACAACUGUUUCAUUAAAGAAAUAAAUGGAAA